AUGUCGUGCUUCUCUGCCUCGACCGUGCAAGGUCCUACCGUAGGAUUUAUCCAUGGUGUGGCGAGUUUCGAUCCCCUCCCCAGUGCGGUCAUCAUCUGGACCCGGCUAACCCUGCCGGCAGGCAACAGCGGCCCGGCUGAUGUGGACUGGGUCGUCAGCAGAGACCCCGAGUUCAAGAGCAUCCAGUCCAGUGGGACCUACGCCACUGGACCUCACCGCGAUUACACUGUCGCCAUCGAUGUGACUUCUCUUGAGCCAGUGACCAAGUACUAUUACCGCUUCUCCCAUGGCAAGCUUUUGAGCCCGACCGGCAUCACCAAAACCACGACGCAUGGGCCACUGGAGAGCAUGAUCUUUGGCGCCGUCAGCUGUGCCAACUGGGGCUUUGGAUACUUCCAUGUGUACAAUAGGCUGGCUAAGGUUGAUAACCUUGACUUUGUCGUGCAGGGAGGUGACUACAUCUAUGAGUAUGAGCCUGGUUUCUACCCUGAUCCCCCCUUUGUUGGCCGCGGAGGGCUCAAGCCCGAGCACCGGCUGAAGACGCUGGAUGACUACAGAGAACGCUAUGCGUGCUACCGCACCGACCCAGACCUCCAGGAACUGCACCGCAAAGUGCCCAUGAUUGCAGUCUGGGACGACCAUGAGAUCGCUGACUCGACAUGGCAGCAUGGGUCAGAGGACUUCAAGGGCUCCAAGGAGGAGUGGGGUGUGCAGAAGCUCCAGGCACUCAAGGCAUACGGCGAGUGGAUACCGGUGAGGGGUUUCGAUCAUGACAACAUCACCCUGGACUUUGCGCAUCGCAGCUUCCACUUUGGCAACCUUGCGAGCCUGGUGACCAUCGAGAACCGGGCCAGUGCCCGGUCCGAGCCGGUGGACGUCGCGGAGACCAGCUUCUACAAGGAGACGGCGCAGAAGAAGCUCGAGGACUGGAACGAUGACACGAUCAAGAAGGCCAGGGUCGAGCUCCUCGAGAAGCUGAGGGACCCCAAGAAGAAAAUGAUUGGCGAGAAGCAGGUGGAGAACAUCCGCAAGGUGGUGGCGGAGUCCAUCGCGGAGGACCGUCCCUGGCAGAUCCUGUUGAGCCAGACCAUCAUGAGCCAGAUCAAGGCGCCGCUGCUCCAGGAGACGCUGCACCUGCAGCCCAAGCUCCUGCGCAAGCUGUCGGGCGGGGCGCUGAACCUGGCCAUGGACGAGAAGAAGGCGGGAAAGGAGGGCGCCGAGCAGGCGCGCAUGUACGUCGGCCUGGGAAAGUAUGGUGUUCCCAUGAACCCCGACGCCUGGGACGGCUUCCAGGCCGAGCGGCGCAAGGUGAUUGAGGCCCUGAACCAGGAGGGCGCCAACCCCGUCAUCAUUGCCGGGGACAGCCACAAUGCUUGGGCGCACAACCUGGUGGACGAGGAAGGGCAGCGGCUGGGCGUGGAGUUUGACGGGCCUGCCGUCACCUGCAUCGGCGCGUUCGAGGACAUCUACAGCCGCUUCAAGGCCAAGGCGGGGCCGCUGCUGAACCCGUUCCCCCUGUACCUCUUCACCCCUUGGAUCGAGGACUCGCUGAAGGCCGCCAACCCCGACACCCUCCAGUACUGCAACCUCUGGCAACGUGGCUUCAUGCUCUUCCACGUCACGCGCGGCAAGUUCCACACCGAGUACCACUUUGUGAGCAACGUGAAGAAGCAGAAGAAGUUCCGGCACUACUGCGAGGCCACCUUCGAGGUGCACCGGAAUGAGAAAGGCAACAUGCACCCGGCCGUCAGGUACCUGACCUUCGAGGGUGUCAUCCCCAAGCGGGCAGUGCAGCGUGCCAGCUUCUUCGUGCAGUACACACACGAUAUCAGUCUGGCCAUGCACAAGAGUACCUGA